AAAUGCUGGAUGAUAAGACCAUUUUUGCAUAACUGACAACUACCCCAUCUUUAAACACUUCUUUAAAGCUGAGUUGUGUGUGUUUAUGUGAAAAAACAGAGAAAAAGAGGAAGAAUAUGAAACAAUUCAACACCAAAAACAUAUUCUCAUCACUUUUGGUGAAAUUUGCAAUCUGUUCUCUGCUUCUUGCCAUUUCUUAUCGACUUCUUUCUUCAAGUUUUGUGCAGUUUUCUCUUGUCGUUUCAGAUGAUGAGGCUGCUGCAUUAGCUGUAACCACUCCGCCGCCCCCAUUCACCGAUGACCUCUUGCUCAAUCUUGACUACACUCCUCGCAAUGAAAGCUGUGAUUUGUUCAAUGGUGAUUGGAUUCCAGAGCCAGAUGGUCCAUUCUACACCAACAGCAGUUGCAGAUCAAUAGAAGCUCCACAGAAUUGUAUGACGAAUGGCCGGCCGGAUUCGGGCUACGUUUACUGGAGAUGGAAGCCCAAGGGCUGCAGCUUGCCUAGGCUUGAUGCCAAGAGAUUUCUUGAGAUGAUGAGGGAUAAAUCACUUGCAUUCAUUGGUGAUUCAAUCAUGCGUAACCAUGUUCAGUCAUUACUCUGCAUUCUAUCACAGGUAGAAGAAGCCGUUGACAUCUACCAUGACGAGCCUUACAAGAACCGGAGAUGGUCGUUUCCCUCGUUCAAUUUCACUGUCUCUGUCGUCUGGGCUCCAUUCCUAACGAAAGCUUCCAUCUUCGAGAAUGACAAUGGCAUUUCCUCUGGCAUUAUCCAGCUAUAUGUAGACGAACCCAACAAGAUAUGGACAGAUCAGUACAGGGAUUUCGACUACAUAGUGAUUGGAGGAGGUAAAUGGUUUCUCAAGUAUGCGAUUUACUACGAGAACAACACUAUUCUGGGUUGCCACGGCUGCCAUGAUAGCAACAUAACAGAAGUAGGAUUCCAAAAUGCAUACAGAAAGGCACUAAACACGACGUUCAAAUUCAUAUCUGAGGCGAAGCACAAGCUGUAUAUACUCUUCAGGACUAUAACUCCGGAUCACUUUGAAAACGGGGAAUGGGACUCCGAGGGUUACUGUAACAGGACAGAACCAUUCAAAGUAGACGAAGUUGAGAUCAGAGACAUAGAUGAGAUUAUGAAAAGUGUUGAACUCGAAGAGUAUCAGUUGGCAUCAGAGGCACUUUCAAAAAACAGGGUGGGUGGUUUGGAGCUGCUGGAUACAACCAUGCUUUCGCUCCUCAGACCAGAUGGUCACCCGGGCGUGUACAGGACGUUCCAACCAUAUGAGGGGAAAGACAAGCAUGCAAAGAUUCAGAAUGACUGUUUGCAUUGGUGCUUACCUGGCCCUAUAGAUUCUUGGAAUGAUUUGAUGAUGGAAAUGCUUCUUAGACAUCAAAGAUGAUGUUAACACAGCAUUGUACUUACUUGCAUAUUGAGAUUCAUUUGUUGCACCUUCUUCAUUUUCUGGCUAUCCAGGUGGUUGUUAGUGAAAACAAAGGAUUUACAUUUUACACACAAAAA